CAGUACACGUUUGAUAUGAUCUGGUGGGCCAAAUAUAAUUACACCGCGGGCCAGAUUUGGACCCGGGCCUGAGUUUGACACGUGUGGAUUAGACGAUCAUAGUCAAUAAACAAUAUAAACAAUACAUCAAAUAUGCUGUGCAUCUUCUUCUCCAGGGCGCUCUGCCGUUUGAUGAUGACAACCUGAGGAAUCUCCUGGAGAAGGUGAAGCUGGGAGUGUUCCACAUGCCGCACUUCAUUCCACCAGACUGUCAGAACCUUCUGCGUGGCAUGAUUGAAGUGGACGCCGGCAAGAGGCUCACUCUAGAGCAGAUUCAGAAGCACACGUGGUACCUCGCUGGAAAGAAUGAGCCUGAGCCUGAGCAGCCCGUCCCCAGGAAGGUGGCCAUCAGGAUGCUGGCUGCCACUGAAGAGAUCGACCCUGACGUUCUGGAGAGCAUGCACUCUCUGGGCUGCUUCAGAGACAAAGACAAACUGACCAAAGAUCUGCUUUCGGAGGAUGACAACCAGGAAAAGAUGAUCUACUUCCUGCUUCUGGAUCGUAAAGAGCGAUAUCCCAGUCAUGAGGACCAGAACCUGCCGCCACGAAACGAGAUCGCAGAUCCGCCCAGGAAGCGCGUGGACUCACCCAUGCUGAGUCGUCACGGCAAACGGAGACCGGAGAGGAAGUCCAUGGAGGUGCUGAGUGUCACAGAGGGCGGGUCUCCUGUGCCGGUACGGCGGGCCAUAGACAUGGCCACACAUGGACAGAGCAAAUCUGUUUUCAGUAAAAGCUUGGAUAUCACAAACACUAACUGCAGCAAGGAAGAAAGAUCGCGAUCGAUCAGCGGAGCAUCCUCAGGUCUGUCCACCAGUCCUCUCAGCAGUCCCAGGCCCACUCGGCGGUUUUUCAUCCCACCUCAGUCCCCUGAUCUAUGUCAGUCCCCCAACUGCAGCCCCUCCCGCUCCCCUGAGGUUCGCCUUAAUGGGGUGGGGCCUCGUACGCCCAAUUCCUACCAGCCUAAGAUGGGCUCCCCCCUCAUGCACCCACGCACACAGACUCUUCCUGCCAAGCCCAAAGUGUCAGACAAGCCCCUGCAAACAACCAGAUCAAACCCCCUUCCAAACUCAGCUCAGACGCCCACCACCCCCAAAUCUGAGCCCUCCACCCCCAUACAACCCCUUGCUCCCUGUAUCCCCAACAGCCCACGGGUGAGGCGCCACCCACCCCUGACCGUUGCCCCGAAACUCUCUAUUCCUCUCUCCCCCGUCCCACCUAUGUCCCCCCUCCGCCGUCACCGCCUCCACCCUGACCACAACGGCAAAUCUGUCCCCACAACACAGGUGACCCCUCACCCCUCCCCAAGAGGAAGCCCACUCCCCACCCCCAAAGGCACCCCGGUACACACGCCCAAAGACAGCCCGGCCGGAACUCCCAGCCCGACGCCCCCACCGAGCCCUUCUAUUGGUGGGAUGCCCUGGAGGACACGUCUCAACUCCAUCAAGAACAGCUUUCUGGGCUCGCCACGCUUUCACCGUAGGAAAAUGCAAGUGCCCACCCAGGAGGACAUGUCCAGUCUCACUCCAGACUCCUCUCCAGAACUGGCUAAGAAGUCGUGGUUUGGAAACUUCAUCAACCUGGAGAAAGAAGAGCAGAUCUUCAUCGUGAUCAAAGACAAACCACUCAGCUCCAUCAAGGCUGACAUCGUCCACGCCUUUCUCUCAAUCCCUAGUCUUAGCCACAGCGUCAUCUCCCAGACCAGUUUCCGGGCGGAGUACAAGUCCACGGCCGGUCCGACGGUUUUCCAAAAGCCUGUGAAGUUCCAGGUGGACAUCACCUACACCGAGAGCUCCAGCGCCACCAAGGAGAACGGCAUCUACUCAGUGACCUUCACCCUGCUCUCAGGGCCCAGCCGUCGUUUCAAGCGUGUGGUGGAGACCAUCCAGGCUCAGCUGCUCAGCACCAAUGACCAGCCCGGCGUCCAGCCGCAGAUCUCUGGCAGCCCGUUGAGUAACUUCUUUGACGUAAUUAAACAGCUUUUUUCAGACGAGAAGAACAUCCACUCCCCCGGCGCCCCGUCCACACCUAGCUCCCCCGCCAAGCAUGCUCACGGCAGCAAGCCAAGCCAGGCCCCACCCAAUGACUCUAAAUGCCCCCCCAGCAAAGACAAAACAAAGAUGGCUGCCAGCAACAGGACACAGGAACAACCUUAAGGAGCUGUAGCUGUGCAUGUGUAGACGACAGCAGUUAUCAGGUCAUUAACCAGUGACAGAGAGCUGCUAACUCUGCCCUUUAGAUAAGAGUGAAGAUAAAGAGAAAACAAAAUCUACAAAUAUACUUUUGCCUAUAAAUUUUGUACUGUAUAACAGGAAUGGAUCUUUCAAUUUAAGAGUCGAGCAGUAUUUUACAAUAAGUAGCAGAUAAGUAGCUUUGUGGUCCCUGCCUCCCAUCCCCUCUGCUGUGUCCUGGGGGGUCUUUCAGUGGGUGUGUGUCCUCCUCACAUGUGUGACGGCUUCACUUGUCUCCCUCCCACCAGGGAUCUUCCGUAAUAACUAUUAAAGCCUCGGCAGCUCCUCGGACUAUGGCCAACUUAGGUACCACUCACACGGCCAGACACCGCCUCAGAAGAUAUGCCCACAGUGGGGGAGAAGACAGGCAGAAGGCCCUCCCUACUCCUUUCACUCCUUCCUCCCUUCUUCUCCAGCCGCAUCAGUAGUCGCCCCACCGAACCAAACACAGAGAUUCAUCUGAAAAGAGUUGUAAAAAACAAAGAAAAAAAAAGCCUUAAGACAGUGAAGUUUGUCAGCCAUGUACACGUGCGUCCACUUUUCUCUUUCUCCCACAUGUACAUAAACUCACACUCACAGUAUGAACUGCUCCACACCAACAAACGUGACUUCUGCAGGAUGUAUUGACUUUAAACAGGAGCAGCAAGCCGUGGGAAGGACGUGGAGACCAGGAAAACAAACCAACGAACAACCAAACAAACGCCGGCUGGAUUGUAAUUCUGCUGAAUUUCUGUGUGACCGACAGGUUGUUGUUUUUUUUAAGCCCUCUUUGAUGGUGUUUCUGAAAAAAAUGUUCUUAAAGUCCAUCGUUUGGCCCUGUGAUAAGGAGAGGAGUGAUGUUGCAGAAAUGAAUUAUUUUUUUGGGUUGUAUAGACUUAAUGAUGGUGUGUAUGUACAAAAGAAAAUUGUAGCUAUGAUGUCUUUUUGUUGCCAUAUUUGGUCUUUUGUUCCGGCUCAGGUCCAGUCACAGCAGCAUAGCAAAGUGUGGAAAUCAACCCUGACAGUUGUUUACAAAGAGAGGCACAGCAGGGCUACUGCUCUACUGCUUUUAUUUAUACUGACAUUUUUCUGAGAGGUGUUUUGAAUGAAGUCAUUCAGAUUUAUAUGUUUUUCAAUAGAACAUGAGGUGCAUUUGUAGAUUAUAACCUUAUUGAGAAAAACACAUGAUAGGCUAUGGCAGCUGAGUGGACACUACUGACCACUGACCACUAAAAAUUUGAAUGAAAAUUAUUGACAGUCACAGCAGAGGGACAGUGACAAACCCUUUGGAAUAGAUAUUCUCUUCCUUUUCCUUGAGAGACAAAAUGUUCCCCAAAAUUCUAACUAAUUUGUGAGUCACAUGUAUAUGCUGGUAGCCUGCAGGCCAAAUCACUGUUGCUGUAGCCUCUUGCAAGACCUGACACACUAUUCAUGUGACAUUUAGAGUUAUGGUUUGGGAUACUUUGGGGGGGUUUCAUUGACAAGAAGCUGUUCAGUGCUCAGUCUCCAAAAGAGACCAAAAAAUUGGCUAAAUUCACUGAUUGAAUUUUUGGUCUUCACAGGCAUGAAAAGAAGGUUCUUCAGCAACCUCAAAACAUUAGUUCCAGCAGUUCGAGGCCCAACGAUUGUAGUAUCAAUGUAUAUCUGGUCAGAAAAGGCAACAAAAGUCAGAAGAGUUGCAGUCCUAUUUUUCCAGAUACAUUUCAUACUAUUGUACUGUAGCCCAAAAGAUUCAGCAUUGCAAAUGGAUUAUAAUGUCCAAAACUAAAUACUGUUUAAUCUCAGAAAACAUGAUUGAUGGACAAUUUCUACAUCUUGUUCUGGUGUGACUGGAUCUCGUCAAUAAAAUAGUCUAAUUUUGCACUUAGGGAAAAUUAACAUGAAGUCUGUGUUUUGUUUAACGAUUUGUUUGUAUUUUUGUUGUUUAAAUUAUCUGCAGGUUUCAGAAAUUGUUGAACUGCUUUAUGUAUAUUUUUGUACUUAAUGUAUUUUGUCCCUUUUUUCUCCUAAUUUAUUCUGUUAUUUAUAAGAAAGAUGUAGAGAAUGUUUCUCAAUGUUCACUUAUUUAAGAAUAUUUUUGUCAAUUCUAAGUUAUUUGAUUACUGAGAAAUCUUGAAGUUUGUUCCUUUUCCCCUACU